AAUUUUUUCAAGCUUAGCUUGCUUUUCAUAUUCUCUCUCUGUUCAAUUUAGAUUUUUUUUUGGAUUCGAUCGUUAACCUUCAUGGCAUCGGACGACUUUAAGUUAUUGGGAACAAAGUGGAGCCCUUAUGUGCUUCGUGUACAAGUAGCUCUUAACCUCAAGUCACUCAACUAUGAAUUUAUUGAGGAGAAAUUAUAUCCUAAGAGUGAACUUCUUCUUAAACUAAACCCUAUUUACAAGAAAGUUCCUGUCCUCAUUCACAAUGACAAUCCUAUCUCAGAAUCUCCCAUUAUUGUUCAGUAUAUUGAUGAUGUUUGGGUUACUUCUGGGCCAUCCAUCUUCCCAUGUGAUCCUUAUGAUAGGGCAGUGACAAAAUUCUGGUCUUUUUAUAUUGAUGAUAAGGUACUUCCAGUUUUACUUGAAGUAUCAUCUGUGGGAGACAAAGCCGUCAAGAAAGAGGUAAUAGACGAUCUUGUUGAAUUGCUAGCUCCCUUGGAGGAUGUCUUCAAGAGUUGCAGCAAAGGAGGGAAGUUUUUUGGUGGAGAUAGGAUUGGAUAUCUGGACAUUGCUCUAGGGAGCUUUGUAGGUUGGUUCAAGGUCAUUGAGACAUUUAAUGACAUUAAGUUGUUUGAUGAUACAAGGUUUUCCAGAUUGUCCAAGUGGAUUGAGGACUUUGCUAUUGAUGAUGCUGUUAUUAAUGUCAUGCCUUCAACUGAGAAGUUGGUUGAGUUGAUUAAAGGGUCCAACAAAAGAUCUCAGCCUAACUAGAUGGAUUUUGUAAUCCCAUAUAUGUCCAUCUCAAUUUGUUACAUGCCAUUUUAUUGGAUACGAAGGGACCGACACAAUAUAAGCAAGUACAUAUGUAUUAAAAAUUUCAGGACAAGUACAUAUACC